AUGGACGAGACUGCUUCAUACGAAGUACGUGAACUAUGCGAAACAGAUCUUGAGCACGGGUUUCCAGAGUUGCUUGCCCAGCUUACACAGACGGGUACGCUGCCGUUGUCCUUUUGGCGCGAACGCUACCGCCUUCGCCAGCAGCUGCCGGGCACGUACGUGACGCUGGUGGCCGUCGAAAGUGCCACAAAGCGCGUAACAGCGACAGCAACGCUGCUUAUCGAGUACAAAUUCACGCGAAGCUGCGGGCAAGCCGGUCACAUUGAGGACGUUGUGGUUGACGCAGCGUAUCGGCGGCGGAACCUGGGCUCACGCCUCGUUCGAGAGCUGUGUGCACGAGCGCGGGACCAGUUCAAGUGCUACAAGGUUACCCUGGACUGCGUCGAAGAAAACGAGGCCUUUUAUGCGAAACUCGGUCUGGAGCGGAAAGGUGUCCAGAUGGUGCGCUACUUCCGUAUUUGA